AGGGAGUCUCGGGUACGUUUGAGAAUUGGAACACAGCCACAGAAAUGGCUGACAUGUAGCGACAGAGCCGGUAGCGAUUCCGAACAGAGCCCUAAACAGUCUUAAUUCAAAAUAAAUGUCUUCCAAAUACAUCGAACGGACUAAAACGGUAACCAACAGCUGAACCGAAUCAUUUUGCACAAAACGUUUCUCGGGUUACCAUGUUUUCCUGACAUAAACUGCAUCCUUUUUUUGUCAGUGACCGCGCUCCGUACUGUGUUAGGGGCAGUUUGAAAGGUCAUUGAACUGCUGGGGAAACUUUGUCCGUUUAUCGCGGCUGUAAGUUAACAGUUCAAACGCGGGUCUUAGUUCAGCAUGACCGCGAGAAACAUAGCUCGUUUUUGGGAAUGGGGGAGGAAGAUUGUCUGCGUGGGGAGAAACUACGCGGAGCACGCUAAAGAGCUGAGGAACGCCGUGCCCAGCGAGCCCGUGCUCUUCCUCAAGCCGCCGUCAGCCUACGUUAAGGAGGGCUCGCCGAUCCUGGUGCCGCGCUACUGCUCCAGCCUGCACCAUGAGGUGGAGCUGGGGGUGGUGGUCGGAAAAGCGGGCACGGCUAUUCCUCAGAGCUCGGCCAUGGAGCACGUCGCCGGAUACGCCCUGUGCCUGGACAUGACGGCCCGGGACAUCCAGGACGAGUGCAAGUCCAAAGGCCUGCCCUGGACCCUGGCUAAGGCUUUCGACACGUCCUGUCCGGUCAGCGAGUUCAUCCCCAAGGAGCGCCUACCGGACCCGGCCAACGUCACGCUGUGGCUCAAAGUGAACGACGUCGAGCGGCAGAACGGCAGCACUUCUCAGAUGAUCUUCUCCAUCCCCUACCUGAUCAGCUACAUCAGCGAGGUCAUUUCGCUGGAGGAGGGAGACCUCAUACUCACCGGGACACCCAAAGGAGUCUCCGCCGUGCAGGAGCACGAUGAGCUGCAGGCUGGCAUUGACGGCAUCGUCACCAUGACUUUUAAAAUCGGCAAAACCUGGUGACGCCCAGAAGUGAAGAGGUGAAGAAAUGAGGCUGAAUCAGCGGCCGUGUGAUUCACUGCUGUGCGUUGCGAAUUAAUCUCCUCAGGUUUUACAAAAGGCAUUGCGGUGUAGUUUCCGUGUGUGUGUCUCGAUUUUAAUUAAAAGUUCAAUUUUUAAUUCAA